AAAAUAUUCCGUAUAUGAGACACAUUUGCGGUGACAGAGGUGUCAGUUGUGCCUUGGAACAGCGUCGUUUAAUGUCCUACCGCCAUCUGCGAUCUCUGGUCUGCUCUCAAUUCGACUCGACAACGACAAGUAAAAAAACAAAAAAAAAUUUGAUCAAAUUUCAUUCAUCAAAUCCCUCCACACACCACUAUUCUUCUUCUCUCUAAACCCUACCCUCCUUCUCUUUCAGCUUCUUCGUUCUUCCCAAUUCAAUUCUCACAAAAAAAGGUUUCAACUUAAUGGGAACCCUAAUUCAAUCUCUUCCAGAUCUUCCUCUUUUCUUCUCCUUCUUCCUUUUCAUCUAUCUCUUAGCUCAAUUCCUAGUCUUUCGUAAUUGGAGCCCCAAUGUCCGCCCCGAAGCCUCCAGUUGCUUAAUCUCCCUCUUUCAUGGUACACCGGCUGUUUUUUUAGCCUCUUACGCCAUACUCAUCGACCCAAAUCGGGGUUUCUCGUCGCCGAACACCGAAAUCCAGGCGGCUGUUCUUGACUAUAGCAUUGCUUAUUUUUUAAUGGAUCUGAUUCAUUACCUCAUUUUUUUUCCUAGCGAUGUUCUUUUUAUUGGUCAUCACUUGGCUACUCUUUUCGUCUUCCUUACUUGCCGCUAUGUUGUCUCUCACGGCGCGUACGCCAUACUUUCCUUGCUGAUGCUCGCCGAAGUGACGAGUUUUUGCCAGAACUUGUGGACGCUCGCUGGUGCGCGAAGAACGGAUGCCAAAUUUGCAGCCAACGUAUAUAUGACGGCCAUUUCAUAGAUAUCAGUCUGUCUGAUGUGCAAGAAUUGAUCAAGAGAAGAACUCGUAGUCCUUGGCUUUAAGUAUGAUAUUCCUUAAUCCCCCAAUAGGAGAUAAAAUCAUCAAGAAGAUGCCAAGUUUAAUGCAGAUCUGCAAGGAAGAAAAACAUAAUCAAAUAAUUGUUUUUCAUGCUAAUUAAAUUGCAUGUAUAUAUGAAAAGAGCAUAGUUUAAGACGAAUGUAAUUUACCCAGUUGGUAAACCAUGAAAGGCUGAACCUCUUUGGUUUGUAGAUUGCAAGCCAAAUGAUGCAGGGGAGCUGAAAAAUGACAAAAAAGAUUCAAGUUUCCACACGGAAGCAUUGCUGGAAAAGGCAAUAUGCUAAACAGGCUAAGAAAAAGUAACUGGAGAUUGGGCUUACAAAGUAAGUUGUUGGGGCAAAAGCAAAUCCUCCAAAGAAUCCCAGAAGGCCACCAAAGAAAGGAAAGCAUAUGGCAACAAACAUUGUGGAUGCUGAAAUCAAGAAUAGACAUCAGCUUUGUUAUACAAACAGAACCCUUGAUUCACAGUUACUUGUAUUAUAAAUUUCUUACCAACAUAUAAAUUGCGAGUGAUGAAUCGAAGAGUAGUACUAGGCUUGAAAUGCA